AUGAGGGGGGCUAAAGCGAUUACCCUCGGUCCAAAGCCGACUAAAGCAUGCGAUGAUGCUUACGGGUUUCAGGCAGCAUCGGCAGUUCAUGACGUGGUGAGAAUACAACAAGACACGCCGGAUAGAAACCAAGACAUCGAUGCGAUUCUUGGCCGUCUGGAUAGGAUUGAGAGUGCCCUAGGCUUUAGUAGAGGAAGCAGCUCCGUGACAGCGGAUGUUCUUGACCCAGAUCAGGAUGAAGGGUCUGGGGAGAUGUCUCUGCGCCCUCUUUGGAAGGCCGUAAGGCAUCUCAAACUGAUCACUCGGCCUGCUCAGGAUGAUGCUCUCUGGUCACAUCCAGUUAUCAAGCAUCUGUGGUACUCUUUCCUCAAUAAUCUACCCCUACUCCAUUUUCUGAAAGAUCAGAGUGCUUUUGCAUCACCAUCUCCCCUUCUGCUUGCAUCUGUUUUAUUCAUAUCCGCUCUCCAUGGUCCGUCCAACGAUCUAUCGGAGUUUACGAAAGGAUACUUUGUCGCCCAGUGUUGCGCGAUCGCAGAGCUUGUCAACCCAGUGCCAUACGUUUCUCCAGUGGAGAUGUUUGGGAACGGCACAGAAGACCCUGAUCGAUCCUUGGGUACUAUGGAUGAUUCGCUGACCUUUCAGAACAUCCUCGGCUUGAUUAUGGCUAGCUUGGGCUCAGAAGCUUGUGUGCCAACUACUGGCACAUGGAUAGCCAUUGCGUAUCGCCUCUUACUCGAUCACGCGCCUCGCGAAGUUGAAACCACGACCCACGACUGGGCUGGGCUGUUCUCAGGUCUCCAGGUAAUCGAUAUUGAGCAUGCUUCUAUGCACAUGUGUUGUCCCCUAUUACCGGAACAGCCACCCAUACCCACUCUUGUCCAAUUUAACGCCCGUGAAGGAAAUGCUUUUCAUGGCCUCAUCCAAAUGAUGCAUCAGGGACUCAGCCAUUUUGUCGGAAGAGGACUCCCCACCAUAUGGUCUUUUGUGAGCGCAAAAGACCGCGAGGUCCUCUCGCCAAUCCGGACACCCUUCACCAAGGAAGACGCACGAGUUAUCCACCAUUGGGCCCGGCAAUUGGACGAUUGGCUAGUCCGAUAUAAUGCAGCACCUCAGCCAUCCCCUUCUGAUCGUCAGGGCAUACUCAUCCUUCUACAAUACCAUCUACACAAACUAUACGUCCUAUCCAUAUAUCAUCCAGCCAGAGGAUUUGAUCUAGGUUCUACGGAUAUCUCACCAGCCGAAAGACACGAACUACUAGUCUCAGCCCGCGCAGUUCUGCGGCUUCGUCUAGGUGACGCUAGUAUAUGGUCUAAUUGGGAUCUAAUAAUGGUAACGUUUGCAGCCAUGCUACUACUCCGAGGAAUCGAAGACGGUGUAUUACAUCAAGACGACCUCCACCUGAUUGAAAAGCACAUCGACAGCUUGAAAAGGAACCAUUCAUCUGUGCCAAGCAUCCAUAGCAUACUCGCUGAUCGACUCGAGUCGGGCCUACAGAGCAUGCAUACACCGCCUGAAAUGGGGCCCGACUUUGCAUUUCCCGCUCCAGAAGAGGAUUAUUCUUGGGCGAUCUUUGAUCAGGAGAUUUUGUCUCUAGCAAAUCCGCCGUGGCUAUAUGAGGGCGUUCUUCCCCUGGAGGAGAUGCCAAGGGUAGAUGAGAAUCAGGGUGGGUUGUCGGCGCGGUUGGAGUAUACUGCUUUAGCGCAGGGAGGUGCGGAUGCUCUGGGUGGAGGUAAUAUUGGAUAUAAUUGA